GGCUUACACCAAAAGACUUACCUUAACUCCAAUCAAUCUCCCAAGACUCUACAGUAAAGGCCAGCUUCACUCACUCAUCACUCCCUCUCUCAGCCACUCACUUCCUCCCCGAAUGUCGUCUACUCCCACCACCCUUUAAUCCCCUCCUUGAAGAUCUCCGACUGCUCCGUACAGCAACCUCCGUGAGGGUAUCAUCCGGCACAACCGUCUCACCACUCCCCGGCCAAACCGUCGGAGCAUUACUGCCCCCAAACACCGAAGGCUCCGGCUCCGGCCCAUCCUUGACGCAAUCCCUCCAAGACUGAAUUCUAGUCUGCGAGCUCUCGGGGACGUGCUGAAGCGAUCGAGGCCAGGCAUCCUGAGGUACGGGGGGUGCUUCACGAGGGCUGAGAAAGAACUGCGAUGAGCGUACUGAUUGAACAUCUGUAUCGCGAUGGCUUGAACCACCGUGCCCAAAGGUCUCAACUGCAAGAUAAUCCUCUCCGUCGCCGAGACGAUGACGGUGGACUAUAAUCUCACCUGCGCUCCUCUGGUCCCGACGAGGAAUAUUCGCAAAGAGCGCAUCAUUAUCAGCAUCAUAACUCACCCGAUGUCUAAGCCUCUGCUCCUCCGCCGUCUCCGCCUCAACCCUCCCCAGAAUCCGAUUCAGCCCGGAAUCUCUAUGAACAGCCGUCGGUUCACGCGUGAACGCCGACCCCUCAGAAUGCGACCACUUGGAACAGAUCCUCUGCGCCGGUUCAGCACUCACAAGAGGCUUCUGCUCCUCGUCAGAAUACUCCUCACCGCAGUCACUGCAGUCGCACUCAUCUUGUGGCUCAGGAGGGACGUCAGCGUAGUGGCGCCAUUGACGGGCUGUGAGGUUAAGAUCUGGAGGUGCGUUUGCGAGACGAGCUUCGCGGGUUGCGGAUGUGCUGCGUGGGUGACGACGGCAACGGGAGCUGCGACGGCGAGAGGGACCCAUUGUCCAUUGGCCUAGAGCGUCGAGAAAGCCGACUUUGCGGGUUGGGCGCUUGCUAUGUCUAGGCAUGAUGGGCGAAGGGUCCUGGUUUUUGGUUGUGUUGGUUUGUUAGUGAGGAUGAAGACUACCUUGGCUGUGAUAUCCUCUGCUGUGAGCAUUCUCAAAGCUGUUGACGAUGAGGAGGGAAAAUGAGAUGAUGCCAGGUAAGAUCAUCUUGGCUAUAUAGGUACUCAUGAAAAGUCGACAUUGCUGGAACAAUAAGGGACUUCCAUGGUGUACAUGAGACUGUCACCACUGUCUUCACCCAUGUACACCAAGUGAAUGAACAAAGGCGCACAGCUACGAUGCCAAAGCAUUCAUAUGAUGACUUCAUCAUUCACGCGUACGCCGCAGAAGAGUCUUGUCUGGCGAUGACUUUACGACUCCCCACCAACUCAGCCAUCUCAUCAUGGUCGGUCUGUAGCUUCAAGAUCAAAGUAAAACUCAAUGUGUAUUACAGCUCAAC